AUGGGAUGUUUUGGACCCUUCCCUAAUAUCAAUACCCCGUUCUCCUUCACUUCUCCCCAGGCCCAAAUUAGUUCUCCUACAUGUGGAUCUAACCCGAAAUCUGGUGGACGAAAACAAAAGAAGAGAAAAAGAAAUAAAUCGGUGAGUAAAUCAGAUUUGGAAGGUUCUCAAAUAGCUAAUUCAAAUCUCUCCCCUCUCGUCACAAUAGUCCUCCCUCAUCCCCCCACUUCGAUUAUACCUGAGUCUAAUUCCACACUGAAACAAAACUUGGUGCCACCAUCAGACAUGAACUCCAAAGAUGUGAGUGUGACUAUGCCUAAACCACCUUACCCCCCUCAAAAAACGUCUGAAGCAGAGGAAACGGCUGCUAUUGGGGCUGAGAUUGGGUUUCAUAUCGCUGCGACUGACCCAAUCCUAGUCGAAAGUGUGGGAGAAUCUGGACCUCAGAUCCUAAGUGUAAAAUAUCCGCAUCUUUACGAUCUUGAAGAUAGAAAACGGUGCUCAGUUUCUGAUAGACUCUUGAAUCGGGAAUUUGUUGGCCAUUGGAAAACUCAGGUGGUAGACCAUGGGAUUAAUCAAAGCAUAGUCAACUUACAAGCUGAGAUGUCUGUCGUCGUGCUAUCACCAGGUGAAGAUCAAUGGAAAUGUAUAUUAUACAAUAGUGAUACAUAUUCGGUAUGUGUCAUGCGUAGGCGGAUUGAACAACAAAGAAAUUCUUAUAUUACUCUCCACACUUUCAAAUGGAAUAAGACCUCUCCGAUAAAAGUAAAUUGCUUCAUAGGGCGUGCGAUGCAAAUGAGAAUCCCAUCGGAGGUGGCUUUAAGAGUACGUGGUGUAGGGCCCAUUCCAGUUACAUGUGGUGCUUGCAUUGGUGGGGUGGAAUGUGCAAAUCAUCUUUUACUGAAUUGCCCUUACGCUUGUGAAACUAGGUCUAAAAUUUUCAACUGGUGCGGAAUAACAGAUAAUUAUCUCACUUCGGUUGCUGAUUUACUUACAUAUGUGGAGCAAUGGGGUACGUGUCCUAAGAAGCGAAAAAGAUUCAGAACAAUUUGUCAUAGCUUACUAUGGAACCUAUGGAAAUAUAGAAAUGAUCGAAUCUUCAAUGGUGUCUUUAGAAAUCCUACUAGGGGGCAGAAGACAUUAAAUCGUUGGUGUAUUUUUGGAUAA